AACUCUUUCACCUUGUGUUUUCCGUAUUAAUACAGAUUUUCAGCGCCUCUAGUUCUUCUGAUUUCUGUAAUCCUACAUGAUGUUCUGCAAAUUUGCUGAGGCCACAUUUGGAAUAUUAUAUUCAAUUCUGGCAACCCUGCUAUAGGAAGUUGGCAUUCAGCUGGAAGGAGUGCAGAGGAGAUUCAUGAGGAUGUUGCCCGGACUCAAGGGCUGAGUUUUUGGAGAGGAGUUGGGAGCUUGGCAUUUUAUUCAUUGGAACAUAGGAGAAUGAGUGAUAAUCUUAUAGAAGUGAAUAAAAUAAUGAAGAGCACAGGUAGAGUCAAUCAGCAAAGUCUUUCCCCUAGGGUUGAGGAAUCAUGAACAUCAGGGCACAAAAUAAGGUGAGGGGGUGAUUUAAUUGAAACCUAAAGGCAACGUUUUUUUACACACAAAGUAGCCAGUAAAUGGAACAAACAGCUAGAGGAAGCGAUUGAGACAGGAACAUUAACAAUACUAUUUAAAAGGAACUUGGAUAGGAAAUAUGGGCGAAAGAUGGGCUGAAGGGAUUCUUGGCCGGCACGGGCCUGUUGGGCCGAAGGGCCUGUUUCCUUGCGGUACGACUCUGUGAUUCAGUAAAACUCGGAUAAUGUGGCUCGGCUGCCUGGGUUACCGGGUUCAUAAAUGCCCCCGCACACUUUAAUUCAUUCCCGUGUUGAGCGCCUUCAAUCCCGUCGCCUUUAAAAACCUGUACCGCACCCGUGAUUGGUUGUCAGCCUGUCAAUCACGUUUGUUUGGAUUCCGCCUCUUGAGGCCUGCGCCACGGAAAGCCUGGUGCUUGCGUAGCAGGGAGCAGGUUUGUUUGCUCAGUGCCGAGGGCGGCAGCGGUUAUUCGGGGCUGAUGCCGACCUGACCAUGUCUGCCGGACUCAGCGAGCAGCAGAAGCAGCGGAUUGAGGAGAACCGGCAGAAGGCGCUGGCCCGCCGGGCAGAGAGACUGGCCCUGGCUGCGGCUCCCGGUCCCAGCACCCCUCGUCCCGUUGCCCCUGCGCAGCGGGAUGUGUGCGCGGCCCGGGGGGAAGCCACCGCCGAACCUGAGCCCCAGCAUCGCGCCGCAGCAGUCACGGCCCCCGUUGCCCCGGGCAGCGGGCGGGAGCGACUGUCCGUGGCCCCGGGGGUCCCCCUCAGCGGCAGGUGUGUGAGGCACGACCCGCAGCGCUUCCGAGUGGAGGUCGGCUUCAAUCCCGCGCUGCUGGCCGUCUUCAAGAGUGUUCCGAGCAGACGUUACGAUGUAGCCAGCAAGAUGUGGAACUUCAGCAUGGAUGAUUAUGACAACUUGAUGGGCCUGGUAAAGCACAUUCCGACGGUUACGUUGAAACCAUUAGAUGGAGUGCUGGAAACGGAUGGUGUCACCAGUGAUAGACCGAAUACCAGGAGGCAGCACGGUUUGUCACUUACUGUAAGCAAACUGCUGAUAGCAGGGAAGAACUGGAAAAAACCUGGUGCGGGAAUACAGGGGCGAUUCGUCCUCCUCUCCAGGACCCGCUGUGAGGUCGAGAUUGCUUAUCAUGCAGAGGUGCUGAAUGUCUUCAAGCAGAUGAAUUCCAAGAAUUAUGAUAUGAAAACGAGAAGGUGGAGUUUCCUUCUGGAGGAUUACAGAGUGCUGGUUGAGGAACUGUUGAAGAUCUCCAGUGUGCAGGUGGAGCCUCUGCCCCGUGGCAUACUGGAGGUAUUCUUGGCCCAGUUUGAAAAGACCUGCCCAGAGCCUUCGUUGAUCCCAGAUGCUGAUCUCUCUCAUGUCGAUUCCAAAUUGGUUCAGAGCCUAAUGCCUUUCCAGAGGGAUGGAGUGAAUUUUGCGAUUUCACGAGAAGGUCGUUUGCUGCUCGCUGAUGACAUGGGGCUUGGGAAAACCCUACAGGCGAUCUGCAUUGCUGCAGUUUAUCGUAAGGAGUGGCCAGUGCUUGUGGUGGCUCCAUCGUCAGUACGAUUCACCUGGGCACAGGCUUUCAGCCAUUGGCUGCCCUCCGUGAAUGCUGACACUGUCAACGUGGUGAUGACGGGCAAAGAUCGCCUCUCCUCUUCCAAUGUCAAUAUCAUCAGCCAUGACCUGCUUGCCAAAUUCAGCAAGCAGCUGAUGGAGAGGCAGUUUCAGGUCAUCAUUGUGGAUGAGUCUCAUUUUCUGAAGAACAUGAAGACUGCUCGAUGCAAAGCUGCUCUUCCUCUUCUCCAGGCUGCAAGGAGACUCGUGCUGUUGUCUGGGACACCGGCACUGUCGAGACCUGCUGAGCUGUACAGCCAGAUCGCUGCCAUCCGUCCCUCUCUCUUCCGCAGCUUCCACCAAUUUGGAAUGCGUUACUGUGCUGCCAAGCAGUUACCAUGGGGAUGGGAUUACUCUGGAUCAUCUAAUCUGCUUGAACUACGACUCCUCCUGCUGGAAUCAAUGAUGGUGAGACGGCUGAAGUGUGAUGUUCUGUCACAGUUGCCUGCCAAGCGACGGAAGGUGGUACUUGUGGAGCCUGAGGGUUUGAGUGCCAAAGACAGGGCAGCAUUGGAGGCAGCUGCAAAUGAGGUGGCCAGAGGCCACAAGACGAAACGUGAGCAAAAGGAAGCGAUGCUGCUUUUCUACAAUCGCACAGGAGAAGCUAAAGUUCGAUCCAUUGUAGAAUAUGUGUGCGAUUUACUCGAGAGUGGUCGGGAGAAGUUCUUGGUGUUCGGACAUCAUCGUCUUGUUCUGGAUGCGUUGUGUACAGCUCUGGAAGUAAAGGGGGUUGCAUUUAUCCGCAUUGAUGGCUCUACCUCUUCAUCUGAUCGCCAGUCUUUGUGCGACCACUUCCAGUCGUCUCAGACACGCUGUAUCGCCGUGCUCUCCAUCACAGCCGCCAACAUGGGCCUGACUCUCUCAUCCGCUGACCUGGUUAUCAUCACAGAGCUUUUCUGGAACCCUGGUACCCUCUUUCAGGCAGAAGACCGAGUGCACCGCAUCGGGCAGACAAGAUGUGUGGAUAUUCACUACCUGGUAGCCAGAGGCACUGCAGACGAUUAUCUCUGGCCCAUGAUUCAGGAGAAGCUAAAGGUCCUUGGAGAAGCUGGACUAUCGGGAAAUAAUUUUUCAGAGUUCGAAGCCACUGAUUAUUUUCACAAGGGUCAGAAACAAACAAAACUGAUGGACUUCUUCCAGCUGAAUUUGGUCGAUUCUGAAGAGACCAGUGAUGAAGCUCUUCUCCUGGAAGGUGCUGACCUGUGUAUCGACUCUGGCUCCAGCACUGUCGAGCAAACUGAUCAACCAGAGACUCCUGUUAAGAAGAAAAAGAUUGAUGAAUAUUUUGGGAAAUAGUGGAAAAAGCUUGCAUUAAGUGAUUGAUCUUAUUCCUUAAUUCAGCUUGCAUUGUGUGUAAGCACUGUCCUGCUCUGUGCCCAUGCACUCCCUCUGCUGAUUGCACGACUUGUAAAUAAACGACUGAACUGGAGCAGUGGACUGUUGGAGUGAAAUUAGUCUCGAGCAGGGUCGUCAAACUGAAAUUUGCAGCAGGCCUCUGAGUUGCAUCUCUUCAGGCUUUUUAAAAAAAAACAAUAAUGCUGAGACUGAGAAUGUGUUUCAUUGUCUUAAUGAUCAGUGGAAUGUUUAAUGUAGAAUGAGAUUCCAUUUAUAAUAAAACUAUUUUUAAUAAAGUCUGGAAGUUUUUUGUUUUGAGUGAAA